AUGGCAUCAACAUUGUCUAUGCCGGCAGCCUCUGCCUUUAUAUCUACGGGAUUAGCGCUGCUACUUGCGCCUGCCCAGACUGCAAAUCUUGCACUGAGCUUCAUGGGCUUUGAGGGCGGUGUCAUUGGAGGCUCGUUUGCUGCCUUCAUUCAUAGCUACAUUGGCAAUGUAGCAGCCGGAAGCCCGUUUGCCAUUCUCCAGAGUGCUGGAGCGGGCGGUUACGGCAUGACUAUAGUGAGCGACGUCUUUGGCUUGACGGGCCUGGGAAUGACAGUCGUUGGAGCUUUUGGAAUGGUUGGAGCAUUGGCAUCGUGGUUGGGCAGUUUUCUGCGAGUGCAGGUUGCUAUCAGUGUCCUAAGCCUUAGGGUCCACGCAUUCACCUCCGCUUCACCAUUCUUUCCUUCCUCCCCCUCUUUCUCUUCCCUCCAAAAUCUUGGCUCAUCCAUCUUCGAUAAUCGCCCAAAUUCUCCCAAGUUGAUCAUGGCGGUCCCGAAUCCCAACGUUGGGGGCGAUCAUCAUGGAGAUGAAGAUUUGGUCAAUACUCCCCAGAACUAUCGCCCUGACACUUCUUCUCCUGACGAGAUACCCCUAGACCAUCCGGCCUGGCGCGUCAAGCCAGUGAAAGUUCCAACCCUUGCUGGUGUCAUGACCACCCUUCUUACCUCCCAAGGCUAUACAGUCAUUCCACCCACCCGGCCAUCAUCAUCAUGUCGACCUCGCGAUCUUGCCACUGUUGCCGAUCCAGAGGAACAACUUUCUUCUCUACAGGGUUCCCGUCUCUCCCUGUUGGAUUCUAUGCCAGGGGUCCCAGAGCGUCCUACAGAAGAUGAUCCACAACCAGAUGUGGCUCCCCUCGAUGAGGUGCAAGCCAGUGCCGCUGAGGCGAGCAACGGCGAGGCCAGCAAGACUAAGAGCAAGUCUAAAAAGAAGAAUGCAGGGAAGAAGAAGAAGCAGGAGCAGGUCCAAACUGUCUGCCGUCUCUUUCAAGAAUCUGGACAGUGUCGCUACGGAAACAACUGCAGGUACUCCCACCUGCUCCCCAACACUCUGCCUCCACCCGACAGCACGGUCGAUCCUGAUCCCCCAAAGAAAGAGGACGACUCCUAUGAGAAGGAAGACUCUUCCAAGAAAGAGAAAGACUCUCCGAUUGAUCUUUUCUUCGCAAAGUAUCCCGAAUUCGACUACGUGCGGGACAAGCCCCUGUGGGACGAGUUUGUUCGCAUGGGUCAGCACUUCAAGUGGCAGGGCCCUAAGAAAGCUCAAGUCAAGAACGACUUCCGCAACGCCUUGUUGGAAGAGUUCGACUACGUCUACGGAACUGAUGAGAGUAACCUGGAGAACUGGGGAAAGCUGUGCCAAGCAAUGAGGUUGUCUACUCCAAAGACGCUGAAGGAGGCUCACAAGAUUGUCCGGGGAGCUUACGUCAACCUCGUAGCCCUUGUUCAGAGCCCCAGAACUGGUGAAUCUGUCGAGGUGUUCGAGAGCGUGCAGGAUUUGAGACAAUUCACGGCAAAAACCAAAUGGACUUUCCCCCAGGAGCAUACCCAAGCAGGUGGCUUGUUCAACAUGCUGCUCCGUAAGAUGGGUGGCCAGUCCAAUGGACACGGAUCUCGAGGAAAGAAGAAGGCCGUGGCCAAGUAA